AUGCCUGAAAGCAACAGCCUCGACGCCCUCGCCCUCACCCUCUCAACCUCCCUGGCCACCGCAAACCUCGCCCCCGACGGCCCCGCGGAAGCCCUCAUCCCCCCGGGCUUCAAGCCCACCACCCGCCUCUCCAUCUCCUUUGGCGGCAAAAACGUCGACCUGGGCAACCUCUUUCGCGUCAACGAGGUCAAGCUCGCUCCGUUCGUCUCCUUUGAAGCCGAGUCCGACGCCCCAGAAGACGCAUCUUAUAUGCUCCUCCUCGUCGAUCCCGACGCUCCCACGCCAGACGACCCCAAAUUCGCCUUCUGGCGGCACUGGGUCCUCCCCGGCCUCAAGCCAUUGGCCGGCGCCGACGGCGUCGUCGCCCAGACGAAGCCCGUCCUCACUGAAUAUCUCGCCCCCGGCCCCAAAGACGAAUCUCAACCACACAGAUACCUGUUCCUGCUCUUCCGUGAGCCCCAUGGCCUAGCCUUGACAAAGGAGGACGUUGGAGGCGAGGAAUUCGUGCAGAGACGCUCAUUCGAUGCUGUCAAGUUCGUCGAGAAGCAUCAGCUGCAGCUGGUUGGUCUGAACUGGAUGAGGGGCGCUGGGGACGGCUGGAAAGAAUAG